ACGCAGUCUCUCCCACGGAAACGUCGGCACAUGUUUCUAGACGCUCCUCAGGUGCACCGGCGCGGCCAUGACCAUCCACGUGGAAGGACUGGUGGCCAUCGCGGUCUUUUACCUGCUCAUCCUCUUCGUGGGCAUCUGGGCGGCGUGGAAGAACAAACACUCCGGAGAGGCGGAGGGCACGGACCGCAGUGAGAGCAUCAUGGUGGGCGGCAGAGACAUCGGCCUGUUCGUCGGGGGAUUCACUAUGACGGCCACUUGGGUGGGAGGAGGAUACAUUAAUGGCACCGCUGAGUAUGUUUAUCUCCCGGACUACGGCUUGGCUUGGGCACAAGCCCCCUUUGGAUACGCCCUCAGUCUCGUGGUUGGCGGACUGUUCUUCGCCAAGCCCAUGCGCUCCCGAGGUUACGUCACCAUGCUGGAUCCUUUCCAGCAGAUGUACGGCAAACGCAUGGGCGGCCUCCUCUUCAUACCCGCUUUGAUGGGCGAGAUCUUCUGGUCCGCCGCCAUCUUGUCCGCUCUCGGUGCCACGCUCAGCGUCAUCGUGGACAUCAACAUCAAAAUGUCGGUGGUCCUCUCGGCCCUCAUCGCCAUCUUCUACACGCUGGUGGGCGGACUUUACUCGGUGGCGUACACGGACGUGGUGCAGCUCUUCUGCAUCUUUGUGGGCCUGUGGAUCAGCGUUCCAUUCGCUCUGACCAACCCGGCCGUGUCAGACAUCACGGUGACGGCGGUGCAGGAAGUGUACCAGUCGCCAUGGAGAGGCAGCAUCAACAAGACUGACACCUGGGUCUGGAUCGACAAUUUUUGCCUGCUGAUGCUCGGAGGCAUUCCCUGGCAGGUGUACUUCCAAAGAGUCCUGUCCUCGUCCUCCGCCACCUACGCACAAGUCCUCUCCUUCCUGGCGGCCUUCGGCUGCCUGGUCAUGGCCGUCCCCUCCGUCCUCAUCGGAGCCAUCGGGGCCUCCACAGACUGGAACCAAACCACCUAUGGGGCCAUUCCUCCGAAGGACAAGGAGCAGGCGGACAUGAUCCUUCCCAUCGUUCUCCAGCACCUCUGCCCGCCGUUUGUCUCCUUUUUCGGCCUGGGCGCCGUCUCCGCCGCCGUCAUGUCGUCCGCCGACUCCUCCAUCCUGUCGGCCAGCUCCAUGUUUGCCAGGAACAUCUACCAGCUGGCCUUCAGACAGUCGGCGUCGGAUCGUGAGAUCGUGUGGGUGAUGCGCAUCACCAUCUUCGUGUUCGGCGGCCUGGCCACGGUGAUGGCGCUGGUCACUGGCACGGUUUACGGACUGUGGUACCUGAGCUCCGACCUGGUCUACGUCAUCAUCUUCCCUCAGCUCCUCAGCGUGCUCUUCGUCAAAGGCACCAACACGUACGGCUCGGUGGCCGCCUACUUCUUCGGCAUGGUGCUGCGCAUCGGCGGAGGCGAGCCCUACCUGCAGCUGCCGCCUUUCAUUCACUACCCGGGCUGGACCACGGAGCAGCGCAAGCAUCACAUCACGGGAGAAAUGGAGGACGUGGUCAUCCAGAAGUUCCCGUUCAAGACGGCCUCCAUGCUGGCCUCCUUUCUCGGCAACGUGGCCUUCUCCUACCUGGCCAAGUACCUCUUCGAGAGCGGCAAGCUGUCCCACAAGUACGACUUUCUGGACGCCGUGGUGUCCAAGCACAGCGGCGAGAUCAUGGACAAGACCACGCUGGUGACCCGGGGCAACAACAUCGGGCUGUCGGAGAUGGCGCCCGUCAAGCCCCGGCUGAGCGUGACCCUGGCGGCCGCCUUCACGCGCCGCGACACGCUGCCCACGGAGACGGUGGAGGAGGAGGAGGAGGAGUCAAGCCCGGACUCCUCCCAUCACGAUGAAGAAUGAAGACAAAAAUAACAACUCGGGGUGGGAUUUUUAAGGUGACCCAAUUCUGGUCAUGCUGUCAAUCAAAGACGACGAGCCAAAGUCCUCUCACCGACCGCGAGGGACAACGCGGACUGGAAUAACGUCUUUCUUACUCAUUUAGCAGGAAGUUGUGCGACUGGACUUUUUUCUUCUUCACUAAGAACUUUAACAACGGCGUCAUGUAGUUCAACAACACCCGGGGCCGCACGAAGAUCACAAGCGGUGCGGAGAUCCCGCGGAAUAAACCUUCGAUUUAGCCAGUGGCCGCCUGACAACAUGGCGGCUGUGCUGCACUAAAACACAACGUAGAAAUACUCCUGAAAAUACUUCGUGGAUAAAUACAUGGUUUUUUGCACGUGUGGAUUUUGGCACGGUUCCGACGCCAAAUGGGGGCAGUCAGUCGUGUCCGACUUACUGCCGGCAAUGUGGACUAGAACCUACUACCAUACAGAUGAUACAGUACUGACUAGAACCUACUACCGUACAGAUGAUACAGUACUGACUAGAACCUACUACCGUACAGAUGAUACAGUACUGACUAGAACCUACUACCGUACAGAUGAUACAGUACUGACUAGAACCUACUACAGUACAGAUGAUACAGUACUGACUAGAAUCUAGCACAGUACAGAUGAUACAGUACUGACUAGAACCUACUACCAUA